UGGAGAGCGCGAAAGACUAAACACAUGAUUUAGAAAAAUUAAUUAAGUAGGAUCAUUGUCCCCUUCAAAUUUCACGGAAUUGGGGACAAAAAAUGUCUUUUUUUUCUCUGGAAUGGCUUCAAGCGUCUCAUUCCAAGCCCGAGGAACAAUUUUUCUCUGGGUGACAAAAAGCUUGGCGGUGUCGGGACACGGAGAAGUUUAUGGCAUUGGAAUCUGUAAAUCUCAAAGUUCCGCGAAGUUUUCAGAAGAAAACUCCGAGAGCUAAAACACUUACUAUAAUGCCUUGGUAGUGCAACUCUCUGAAGAUUGGCCAGAUUUACAGCCAGCACAAACUCCUUUGUUGAUUUUUUAAUGCUGUUUUGACAUCUGCAACUUUCUGAUAAUCCAAUGUAACUUCAACCUCAACUCCUAAUUCACGUUUGGGCCCGUUUUCCAAACCAGAAAAGAAAAAUGAUUCGGAAAUCAAAACUACGUGUCGUCGAUAUCCUUUGUAUUACUUAUUCUAUGUUGGGUUUCUGCAACAACGAGCUCGAUUUCUGUACUGCAGUGUUUUCUGCAGAGCAAGAUUGAGAAAUUGAGUGAGAAACGACUAGUUUUGACAUGUGGCAGACAUUAAGGCUGUUUCGCAGAAGGAGAAGUAAAUCUGAGAACGCGAUUGAUGCUUUAUUGCAUGUAAACUUAAAUCCAUCCCAUCUGUUUCUUUCGCCUUUACCCUUUAUUCCUCUUAAAUAUUCCCAUUCUUUGUUGUUUUUUCAGGGCUUUGACAAACCGUCCGCACCCACAAAAUUGCCCAUUUAAGUAAAGUAGGAAUGCAGUGACUUCGGUUGCCUUUGCAUUUAGGCUUUCCUCGAUUCCCGUAGAUUUGUUCGCAUUACUUGCCUUUAAUUAAAAUAAGGUUGUCGGAAAGAAUUCGUGGCACUGUUGUUUCCUCUUUUUGUUUCCAAAUACUUUAUCGGACGAUUUAGUUAGGCUGAAGGAAAUCAUAUAGGAUUUAGUAAAAUCUGCAGAUUUUGUCAUAUUUAGGGUUUUUCUUGGAAGCAAGAGAUUUGUAAUGGAUUCUUCUACAUUUGGUCACAAUAAGUCUGUGCAAUCUCUGGUAAAUAUUGAAGAAGAGUAUCCAAUAUGUUUGCCUGGGAUGUCAUUUGCACCUCCGGAGACUCCGCAAGAGCCAAUGGAAUUCCUAGCUAGAUCUUGGAGCAUUUCAGCAUUGGAGGUAUCCAAGGCUCUUGCUCCGUUUACUGGUCAUGGAGGGGGAAAAGGUCCCUCUGCUUUUCAAGAGAAUACUAAGGUCGCGCCAGAUAAAUUGCCUUUAGUUACAGCUCCCUAUUCAUUUGCCUCCAAUGGGACCUCGCAGCUAGUCAUGGAACGGAUUUUAACACACCCAGAAAAUUCCAUCCUGACAUCAAGAAAGAGUCUCCAUGGUGGCGUUCCAUUAAAAAUCCAAACUGCUGGCUCAUUUGGCGGAAGUCCUCCGAUUUCUCCAAGGGAAUCUGAUGAUCUUAAGGGUUGGAUUUUACUGCAACGAGCUCUAAACCCUGAUCUUUGCCACACUGAUCAUGCUCUGAACAACAGGCUUUGCAAGAAUGUCAGCUCUGCAAGAACACAAAUACGGGGAAAAACAGUUGGAAGGUGGCUGAAAGAUCUGAAAGAGAGAAAAAAAGAGGAGGCACGCACUCACAAUGCACAGGUCCAUGCAGCUAUUUCAGUAGCUGGUGUAGCUGCUGCAGUUGCAGCAGUUGCGGCUGCUACUGCUACUUCAUCUGGCGAGAAUGGCCAAUUGAAGACAAGUAUGGCAGUUGCAUCAGCAGCUGCACUUGUAGCGGCGCAGUGUGUUGAGGUUGCAGAGUGUAUGGGAGCAGAUCGAGAACAGGUGGCUGCUGUGGUGAGCUCUGCUGUCAAUGUCAAAAAGCCUGGAGAUAUUAUGACCUUGACUGCAGGUGCAGCCACAGCCCUGCGUGGAGCAGCAACUCUGAAAGCGAGGGCACAGAGAGAAUUAUGGAGCCAUGCCUCGGUUAUUCCAUAUGAAAAGGGAUCCAAUCCAUUAUCUCGAUUUAGUGGAGAGUUAGUUCCUGAGGAUAAUGAAUCAGAAAUAUCUUCCCAGGAUUUUCUAGCAAGAGGAGGUGAACUUUUAAAGCGCACAAGAAAAGGUGUCAUUCACUGGAAACAGGUAGCUGUUUAUAUCAACAAGAGAUCACAGAAUGCAUUGCAGGUGGUGGUGAAACUGAAGAGCAAGCACAUUGGUGGUACAUUUUCAAAGAAAAAAAAGAGUAUUGUCUAUGAUGUUUGCAGUGACAUCCCUGCUUGGCCAGGCAGAGACUUAUUAGAGGGAGAACAGAGGCGCCAUUUUGGUCUUAGAACUGCUCGUGGACUAAUGGAGUUUGAAUGCAGCAAUGAGAAAGAACAGCAGAUAUGGACAGAAGGGAUUAGGCAUUUGCUUUCCUUGGCACAAAAUCAGAAGAAACUAUAGGGCAAUAUUCUUCCACGUUGGUCAGAUUUGGUGUAUUAUGACACCAAUUAUUAUGUUUGCUUUCAGAGGUUGAGGAUUGUGUAAUUCCCAUCCGAAUUAAAUAAUGAAAGAAUUAGUGUGCUUCUCUCAAAACAAUAUGUACAUAUAGCUUGGUUCGGGCUUGCUAGGGAAGUGCCACCGGCAGCUAUUCAUAGAAGAUGCUAUGAGAUUUGAUUUCAUAUACAUGUAAAUUAUAUUAAUUUUCCUGAACCACACAGUCCAUGGUCUCUGAAUCUUCCUAUAAUUCAUUGUUCAUAUGGUCGUUUAUUAAUACCCUCAUUACAUGAGGAGGAAAAAGCUAUAAAUUCACACUUUAUUUGUUA